CUUUAAAAUAGUUCUGUGGAUGUGAAUCAGUAAACAAAAGUGAGAAGAUGUAAAAGAAAUUUCAUAUGAAAAAAAAUGAGAUCAUAUCAAAGUGAAAUUGACAGACUUAAGAUCUUACCUGAAGCAACUAUUUUGCUUAUCAACGAUUAAAAUUUGUGUUUCGUCGUUGCCUAAUAAUUGCACGAAAGUAGCUGUUCACUCAUUAAUCAUUUAAAGUGUCUUGAAGCAACAAAGAGAAAUCUUAUUCUUCCUGUAAAGACAUAAAAUUAAUUAUGAUGAUGACCUAUAAAUCUAUUGGAACAUUUUUACUCGUCGCCAAUUUUGUAUCGUCUGUUUACAUCCCACCGGGACCUAAAUAUGAAUGCCCAGCCAAAGAAAGUAAAAUUUUCCCAUGUAAAUGUGAUAGAGGAAGUGAUAUUGGACUGUACAUAAAAUGUGAUGGAGGAAAUCUUGCAACAUUAUCAAUUGCAUUUCAGAACAUAGCCGGUCUUAAUGGCUCAAAAGUAGAAGAAGUUGUGAUAAGAGACUCAAAUUUUGUUAACCUUUAUGGAACUAUGUUCCAUCAAUCAAAUGCUAGAAUAUUAAAAAUUUAUGAUGUACCUAUAAAGUCCAUAAAAGAUCAUAUCUUUUGGGGAAUUAAUGAGACAUUGGAGGAGUUGAGAAUAAUUAACUCGAGUCUAACGGAAUUCCCGAGAGAUGCUUUUAAGUCGCUUGGCAAUUUGAAAUUUUUGGAACUAAAUCAUCAUUCGAUAAAAGAACUAAACAACAAUGAGUUUGAUGAUAGUCAAUUGCCUGCGAAAUUAGAGAAGAUGUACAUAACAAAUGGAAAUGUGACGGAGAUUGGAGCGAAUACAUUUCAGCAUUUGAAGAAAUUAAAGACCAUUGACCUCCAUGGUAAUCACAUAGCCGUGUUAAAAAAGAAUCAAUUUAGAGGUUUACGUGAUGUGGAGUUGCUUGACAUUAGCUUUAAUCACAUUGCUAAAUUAGACUCAAGUCACAUUGCUGACUUAACGAAGCUAGCGUUCUGUAAUGUUUCUAAUAAUAGAUUGACGGAGUUGUCGAGAGGAGCAUUCACCAGAAAUGCCGUAUUGAAAAUUGUAAAUUUAGCAUUUAAUAAUAUUAAGAGACUAGAUGCAAACAGUCUACGUGGGAUGCGAUUUUUGAGGCGAAUUUAUUUGAGCGAUAAUCAAAUCACAGACGUUGGUCGUGGAACAUUUGGUUCUGUUACACGAAUUGGCACAAUAGACUUGGCAAGAAAUCAAUUAAAAAAAGUCGAUUACCAAAUGUUUGCACAAUUGCAAUAUGCUGAGCUCAUCGACCUCGCUGAGAAUAAUAUAACAGAGAUACAGAAACAAGCAUUUACUGAUCUAUAUCUAGCGACUGUCAACCUCUCGUACAAUUCGCUGAGUAAGAUUGAACCAAAGUCUUUCAUCAAUUGUAACAAUAUCACGGUGCUGGAUCUAUCUCAUAAUCUACUUGAAAAUAUUCCAAAGGCAGCCUUCGAUGACAACACGUAUGCAUCUACAUUUGACUUGUCAUACAACAGAUUCACAAACAUGUCACAAAUUCCAUUACAAAACAUGACUGGAUUGAGAUUACUUAAUGUCUCCUAUAAUUUCAUUGCCGACAUUCCGAAGAAUACAUUUCCUAAACUUUAUGAGUUGCAUACAAUUGAUGCAUCACACAACAUGAUAAGUGAAAUAUCCAAUGCGGUUCUCAUGCCAUUGUUUUCAUUGAGAAAUUUGAAUUUGAGUUACAACUCAAUGGAAAAAGUGAAACCAUCGACAUUUGGUACUCUUGCCACAUUGUUAGAUUUAGAUCUAAGUAAUAAUAAAUUAAAGGAAGUAUCAAGAGGAUCAUUAGCAAAAUUAGCAAGCUUGAGAACGCUCACUAUUGAAAAUAAUCAUCUAGAAUCAGUUUUUCAACUUCCAAUAUCUUUAAAUCAUCUCAAUUUCCGUAAUAAUUCAAUAACUGAAAUACCUGAAAAGACAUGGCCUGUAAUGAAUGCCUUGAUAAGUCUCGAUUUAAGCUACAAUCAAUUGGAAAAUAAUUUAAGGGGCUAUUCAUUCCUUGGAUUGCUUACACUUCAAACAUUAAAUCUCAAUGCCAAUGGAAUCUCAAAAAUUCCUCAUGAAGCACUCACUGAAGUUAAGACGUUACAGUACUUACUACUUGAGAGCAAUAACUUAACUGCGUUGCCCAAAGGAGCAUUCGGAAAGUUGCCAGGACUCUUUGAAGUUAAUCUCUAUAACAAUCAGAUCAAUAACAUCAGCAAAAAGGCUUUCGAGGGAUUACUGCAAUUACUCACCCUAAAUUUAUCGAAAAAUGCCAUUGAAAAUAUUCCAACAGAUGCAUUCUUAGGGCUUGUUUCAUUGCGUAAAAUGGAUCUUUCACAUAACUUUAUUGAGAAGUUGGACAAUAAGACAUCGAGUGUUUUUGAAGAUUGUUUGAGUUUGCAGGAACUUAAACUUCAUCACAAUAAAAUCAGCUUUAUAUCACGUAAAAUGUUUCCAUCAAAUCCGUGGUUCCCAUAUAAGCUAGAGAAACUCGAUUUAAGCUUCAAUAUAAUCCCCGUACUCACAUUCGACAUAACAUUUGGUACGAAACGAGUGAAAUUUCUGAAUUUAUCAAAUAAUGGAAUUAAUGAAGUCCGUAAGUUCGUUCUUGGAAACUUGACACAGCUGGAAAUUCUUGAUUUGUCAAACAAUCGAUUAACAAAUAUGGACGAUCCUGACCAUCCAUUUGAAAUGCCUGAAAACAUUACCAAACUUUACCUUCAGAAUAAUAAUAUUUAUCGCCUGAACUACGAUAAACUUUUAUCAGCAAAAAAGCUUAAUGAAAUUAAUGUGGAAAAUAAUCAAUUAAUUCAUUUAAAUAAGUCAUUAAUUGAUGAAAUUAAAAAGGGAUUGUCUGUGAAGUUUCAAGGAAAUCCAUUAACAUGCAACUGUGAAAUUCGCUCUUUAAAGCACUUUUUGCUCGAAAAACCGAAGCCAAUUGAACAAUACUCAAAUUUAGUGUGCAAACAGCCUAAACAUGUUGCAGAAUUAACACUCCAUGAAGUUAGAGAUCAGCAAUUGACAUGCUCAGAAUUAGAAUUGUCUAAAAUUAAAGAGAUUAAUCAUGAGUAUGAAGUUCUGCCAGAUAUACGAUUUAGGGAUAUUUUCUACACUCGUGGAUCGUUAUUUAUUCAAUGGUACGUUUCAUCCGUAUCAAAAGAUAUUGCUGACUUUUAUUUACAUUUUCGUGAUGGUAAAAAUAAAAUUUUAUUGGAGAAAAUUCUUGCUUAUGACACGAGAAUUGGAAAUGUUACGAGUGGCGAAUUAGAGGGAAUUGAUUUUGAACAAAACAUUGAUAUGUGCAUUUUGGCCAGAAACAGUGAUGAGGUUAUUGUCAGCCUUAGUGACAAUCAAUGCACGAGGAUGCCAUCGGAUUUUAAUGGAGUUAUGAAGAAGUACAAUCGACGACCCACGACAAUAUUCAAAAUUUUCGAAAUGGAUAAGAAAAAUUUGGGACGUAAUGCAAUAGCACUGAAGAGCGGAGUUGGACGAAUUGAAAUAUUUGGCAUUGGAAUUCACAUAAUAAUCGGCCUGCUUACAUGGAAAUUGUUGUGAAUUAUUAUUGCUCAUACUCAAUAAGUCUGUUUUGUAAAUAAAGAACCUUUCUUUUUUUUAAACAAUGUAAAAGAUUAUUUUUCAAUAAAUCCUCAGCACUUUAUGAUCCUU